CGUUUUUACAACGGACCAGGGAAAGGAAGUGUGCUACCCCAUUGAAAGGACCCAUUCCUGGCUGCCGCGGGGUCAAUGCGCGGUCCUUUGAGUUUGGGCUACUCCCGGCGGGCCUGACCCUUUGGGUUACCAGUGACAAGUGAAGGUGACCACAAGCUCACGGACCUGCUUGUUUUGGCAGCGGACGGGACGGGCUGACCUUGGCCCACUGCUCUUUCAUUGCUUUUGGUGACCUUGGCCCAGGGUCGGAGCCAAUGGCUGCUUGGGCCGCUGUCAGCCUGGGCAGGACCGCCAUCCCGUGCUUGCGAGCACUAGGCCCUGGGGCCCGGUUUGCUCUUCCGCACGUCCCCCCAGCCUCUCAUACUGACCCUCCCGGGUGCAGCCCCGCUCUGGGCCGGACGCUGCACCUAACCACGGUGGUCCCCGCCGGGCACAACAAGUGGUCCAAAGUCCGGCACAUCAAGGGUCCCAAGGACACCGAAAGGAGUCGCAUCUUCUCCAAGCUCUGUUUGAGCAUCCGCCUAGCGGUUAAAGGAGGCCCCAACCCUGAGCUCAACAACAACUUGGCCAACAUCUUAGAGGUGUGUCGCAGCAAGCACAUGCCCAAGUCAACGAUUGAGGCGUCGCUGAAAAUGGAGAAAACGAAGGGCGUUUAUUUGUUGUAUGAGGGUCGAGGUCCUGGUGGCUCUUCUCUGCUCAUUGAGGCAUUAUCUAACAGUGGCUCCAAGUGCCAUUCGGACAUCAAACAUAUCCUGAACAAGAAUGGGGGAAUGAUGGCUGAAGGAGCUCGCCACUCCUUUGACAAAAAGGGGGUGAUCGUAGUUGGAGUGGAGGACAAAGAAAAGAAAGCAGUGGACCUAGAGCGUGCCCUGGAGCUGGCGAUUGAAGCAGGAGCUGAAGAUGUCAAGGAAACUGAAGAUGAAGAGGAAAAGAACAUUUUUAAAUUUAUUUGUGAUCCCUCUUCACUGCACGAAGUGAGGAAGAAGCUAGACUUCCUGGGCUUGUGUCCUGUGUCCUGUACACUAGAGUUCAUCCCCAACACAAAGGUGCAACUGGCUGACCCUGACUUGGAGCUGGCUGCCCACCUCAUCCAGGCUCUCGGCAGCCACGAGGACGUGAUCCAGGUCUAUGACAACAUUGAGUAACCAGACUGCACGUGUCUCCCGGCUCCUUCCUAGACAACCGGUAGCUCAUUCUGGAGUCCUGGUUUCUGCAGCGUCCUCUAAGACAAAAGCAGGUCAGGGGCCUAGCAAGUUUUGGGGCACAAGACCUGCAGCUUUGUGGCCAAGGGAAUUUCCAUACUUCUCUGAGGCCUUUUUGUCAGCUCUCUGGUGUCUCAGCCCUCCUGGAUGAGUUCCCUCCUUCCUCCUAGAUGCAGACUGGGGCCAGUCAGCUGGUCAGACUCUGGUUCCGGGAAGCUGGCCCUUAUGGGGAUGGUAAGUGUUCUGAGGGCCCACAUACUAGAAACUGCUCUUAAAUAAUAACAGUGGUUGAUCUGGGUUGCUGUAUUGUUGUAUGGCUCUUGAGUUUUUCUGGGUUUGUGUCCAGCUUUUUGGACCCUCUUGACUUCCUUUCAAGACUCUAGGCCUAGUUCUUCUCUUCCAAUCCCAGGACUGUUGUUUAUGUUUUUUGAUUGUCUAUAGAAAUGUAGCUCCCUCCAAGUACUCUGUGCUCUAAAGAUGGUCUAAUGGCCUAAACCUGUCAUUCAUUCAUGCAACUAAUAUUUAUCAAACACCUACUAUGUACCAGGAACUGUACUUAUCAAGAGCACAAGGUUUUCAGUUGAUGCCCUUUGUUAGAUCCUACUCUGAAAUGUGGACCCUCAGAGGAAAGACACAGGACUGAUCUCUACUGGAGCUAUCCUAGGGCAUUGCAAGCUGCUGUGCAUGCAUCGUUCUCUCCACGUGGCCUCUGUGCCCUUCUUCUGCCAGGGACCUUAAGGCUCUAGCCCAAUAGGAAAUCAGGUGCUAUUGAUAAAGGACUGCCAAGUCCUGCUUUGCCCAGGCCUCUGUGUGUUGUGAGAUUUGCCCAGAUGGACCUGUCAGCAGAUUGGGCUGUGCUCAGGAAAGGCUGUACCAAGCUGGUUUUGAAAGCUGCUUGGUCCCCAGAAUGCCCAGCCCUAGCUCCUUUUCAUCCCUGAUGCCAGAUGAUGGGGCACUGGCAACUGGAGAAGAAACAAGAACAGAAGGAGGGGUGAAAGCUGAGCCAGAAGCCUGGCUACAUGGGAAAUAGGGCCCUUGAUGCCUUUUGCUCCUAAGAGUUACUACUGGGUUUAGAGAGAUGAGGAGUGGCAACCACCUGUGCCAGAGCCCAUCAAACAUGUCGGGCCUGGAGGAGUUUUUGAUCCCUGUUAUUCACCUACUUAUAAGUUGUUUAAGCCAGUUCUGAGAUAAAAACAAUUUUCCUGAAGAAGCUUUAGGUAAAUAAGAAUGGAAAAGAAGUAAAACCAAAUUAGUUAUAAAUGAUAACUUCAGCUUCUAGGAAAAACAGAUUACUAGUUCCACAAUGAGUUCAACAGCUGGAAAGUGAAGCCUAGGGGGAGGAAAACCAAUGAAAUAAUCCAUGAUCCUGCCAAAGGACAUGCUGUUAUACCUCUAUGCUCUUAUAUCUCAUUUCAUAAUCAUGCUACUACUACUCUUUGAGAUUCUUCAGGUUUUACAGGAGAUAACUCAUCCAAAUAUCUGAAUAGCACAUCAUUAAAAUAGGGCAACUUAAAGUUUAAGUGCUGCUUCAUAAUUUGUAAGAUACUUUCAUAUUUUAUUUAUCUUAUUUCCACACAAAAAUAGUUAUAAAAUAGGCCAGGUAUUUAUGCCCAAGUAGGUGUGAACAGGUCUAAUACUACAUCUUGUACUGAGAGACCUUGGUUUUUAAAAGAGCUGUUUUGUAAAUGCUGAAUAUAAAUUAAUUUGGAGGAACGUGAUCAUUUUUUAACUAAGGAAGUCCACUCUGGAAGGGAACUUGCCUACUCCUGUGGAGUAGUCUUCUAAUCUAAUAGAAUUUGUUAAUAUGUAUUCUUGUGUAACCAAUUUUCUUAUGUCAAGGCAUACUGGACAGCUCUGCACUGACCCCUGGUGGUGCCUUACAGUCUUUUCUGCAGUUAUUAUGAGACAGGCAGAAACGAAACCUUACUUGAACCUGCUCUGCCUCUAGAUCUGGUAAAGAGACCCUUAGCUAUAUAGGCUAGUUAAGUAACUAUUUAACUGAAUCGUUAAAUAAAGAGGGUAUGAGUUAUUCUUUCACUAGAUAUUAUUUUUCAAAGAAUAUUUUGUCAGCAAAUAUUUACAGUAUAAUGUUAAAUAGAAAACAAAGAUGUAAAACUGUAAUAAUGUAUGGUCCACAUUUUAAAAUAGCUAUCAUACCAUCAUAAAGACUAGAAGGAAGUAUACCAAAAUGUCAAAACUGGUUAUCUCUGGAUGAUGAUGUUCUAACUGAGUUUUAUUUUCUAUAAUCAUGUAUUACUUUCAUCAGGAGAAACUUUUUUUAAAAAAAGAAAACUAGUUGUAUUAUUGUCCAACUAGGGAGACAGUAUGUGAGAGGGUGGAAGUCAGGCAUACUUUAAAGUCAAAAGAAUGGGAUCUGGUCCUGGCUUGCCUUUGUCUUAUUUUUGUAUUGUCUUAGCAAUACAAAAUCAUUCAGCAGCUUGUAGCUGGCUUGGGUUCACUUUCAGGUGUCAUUUCAGUGAGAUGGAGGUAUCUGUAAUAGGCUCUGUCCAUAGCCUUGACUCUUACAAGGAGCACUAACGCGGUGUGUACCUGCUCCCCCUCUGCCCGAGGCCCUGGCUGAAUCAAACAGGAACAGUGAAGGCUCUGCCUCCAGCCCAUUAUGGAGAUUCAACCAUGGGGUUGAAUUACUUUUCUGUCUCUGAAACAGUAGUCAAUAAAACUUUAAAUUCUACGAGACCCCACUUCUAGUCUUAUUCAAAUCCCCAGAGACUCCUCUGGUGACAUUCUGUGAAGAGAAAUGAGCCAGUAGGUCUGGCAAAAGAGUGUUAUGCCAGCUACACUAGUUUUGACUGAAAUUGCCUUCUUUAAGUAAAGUAAAAGUAAAAAAGUUUUUACUUUUUCCUCUUUUUACCUUUCUUUUGUCUAUGCAAGAAAGGUAAUAUUUAUUGUUUUUUUUUUAAAGGCAUACCUUAUCAAAAUAUAUAAUAAAAGUCCCACUUCCUAAGAUACAACCAUCAUUAACCAUCUAUAUUAUUCUACUCAUUGGAACCAAUCUGCUGGGGAACAGUUCUGCUAUUUGUGAGUAACCUUGGAUGAGAACUUAAUCUCUGCACUUAUUUCUUCAACUAUAAAAUGGGGACAAUAGUACCUAUUUCAUAGGACUCUUUUGAGAAUUAAAUAAGUUAAUAUAUGUUAAGCACUUACAGAAGUGCCUGGUGAUAGAAAGUGUUCAAUAAGUUUUGGCCUUUCCCCCCCCUUCACAAUAUAUCCUGGGCACCUUUUUGGUAUUAAUAUGAAGAAGUCUGCUUCAUUCUUUGUAGUAGCCACAUAGUAUUUUAUUGUAUUUAUUACUGUGCCAUACUUUAUUUAACUAGUCUUCUAUCAAAGGAUUGUCUGUCUUACAAAAGAUACUGCAGUGAACAUUCUUUACCUUUACUCACUUGCAAAGUAUUUAGGAUACAUUUAUAGAAGUGGAAUUUCAAAAUGAAAAGCAAUUUUUCUUUAGAAGUAAAUAUCAAUAAUAUAUAAACAUUUUCAUUGUAAAAAAUCUAUAAUUUGUGUAUCAUUCCUCAACAAUGCAGAUAAACUAACAUUGAACUGGUAAUCUGAAUAUAUUCCACUUUACCCCUGAAUUAAAAGAAUUUUCAUUAAAUCAG